GGGCUGGGCCUGGGGCCCCCUGACCCCCCCGACCGGGGGUGGAGCCGCAGCCGCUCCCGCCGUGCCGGCAGCCAGCGCCGCUCCGUGUCGGAUCGCGCCGGGACGUGCCGGGCCAUACGGGGCUGUACCGGACUGCGCUGGGCUGUGCCAGGCCGUACCGAGCCGAACCGGACCGUACUGGGCUGGGCUGGACCGCACUGAGCCGUGUCGGACCGUGCUGGGCUGUACUGGACCAUAGCGAGCCGGGCUGUGCUGGGCCAUACUGGGCUGUGCUGGGCCGUACUGGGCUGUGCUGGAGCGGCCCGGGCUGUGCCGUACGGAGCGGUGCCGGACUGUUGAGCUGUGCCGGGUGAGACGUGCCCGAGCCCCGCGCCCCGUGCCCCGCGCAGCUCUGCCCGCGCCAUGGUGGCGGGGAUGCUGAUGCCGCUGGAGCGGCUCCGCUCCAUCCUGGAGCUGCUGUUCCGCGAGGGUGUCCUGGUCGGGGAGCGGGACGGGUGCCCCCGGCGCACCCACCCGCAGCUGCCCGGCGUGGCCAACGUGGAGGUUCGGCGCGCCAUGGCCUCGCUGCGCUCCCGCGGCCUCGUGCGCCAGACGGCGGCCUGGCGACACCUCUACUGGUACCUGACGGACGCCGGCGUCGCCCACCUGCGCCAGUACCUGCGGCUGCCCCCGGACGUCGUGCCGCGCUCCCUGCAGCGCGUCCCGCGCCCCGCCGCCCCCCGGCCCGAGCCCCGCCGCGCCGCUGCCCCGGCCGGCACCGGCACCGGCACCCACCGGGCGCGUCCUGCCGCCGGUGACCGCCUCUACCGCAGGAAGGACGAGGGCGAGGGGCACGUGGAGCGCGUCGCCGUCACCGCGGGGCAGGGGCUGUCCCAGCCGCCCCCCCAGCCCAGCCCGGCCGCAGGUACCAAUGGGCGCCCCGGGGUGCUCCUGGUGCUCUCGUGGGUGGGGGGCACUCGAGCCCCUCUGCUGCCAGGGGGGGUCUGGGACAAGGACAAGUCCUUAAGCUCCCCUUAACCCCCCCGUUUCCCAGCCGAGGAUGGGGUGGGGGGUACCUGCAGGCCCCUGUGCUGUCUGGGGAGGGAGGAGGGUGCUGGGGGCCUCCUCGCUGGGCCCCCCUAACCCCACGGGGACGCUCUGGGCAGGAGUGGUCGCC